AUGGCGGAACCCUACCUAUCGAACAAAAAAAUUUACGAGCUGCUGUCAACAAACAGCUACAGAGGACAGGAGAAGGGAAUCCUGAGAGCGUUUGAGAGAAGGUACUGCAAACCGCUGACCUACCUGAGCACGGACAACAAGCAGCAAGAAAUUAUUUCCAUUAAGCUGCAGCACUUUAUUAAUGAAAAUCUGAGCUUCAGUGAUUCCAAGUCGUACUUCUUUGGAUUUUCCAAGGAGUUGCUUGUUCACUGCAUGCGGGUUUACUUUUACGAGGAACUGUGCUCGGGCGCCAACUGUGGGGGGGGUCAGCGGGACGACGUGGACGACUAUAGCAGGGGUGGCGGCGAUGGCAGGGAUGAACGCCGCUGCACCGAUGAGCGGCUGUUCCAGCAGCUGGAGAAGAAUGCGGACCAAAUCGAAAUGAACAAACUGCACGACAUAUAUUGCGAUGAAUACUUUUACCUAUUCAAAAAUGUAAUAUAUGUGCUGAAGGCCUGUGCCGUGUUCUAUGCCUACCCGAAUUACAAACCAGAAGAUCUAGCCUUCGAGAGGAACUUCUUCUAUGCACUGUUUGAGAUGCUGGAAGGAAAACUUAACAUCCAGCAACUGCUGCAAAUAUAUUUCGACACAUACAAAGACACAAACAAUUAUUUUGAAAUGGUUAAGAAAACAGAUGUAGAGAACAGGACAUGGGUAUACAAAUACAUUAUUCUCUUUCUGAACGUUCAGAUUUGUUGCAUUAAUAUUUUUUUUUACAUGCAGCUCAGAUUGAAUAUUUUUUCAAAGUACAACUUGAAGUCCAUGUUGAGCAUGUUUUUAUCACCCUCCUCUCAUGUAGACAGUCACAGUGUGUUAUAUGCAUGGGGAGGAGGAGGAGGAGAUCCCCCGCAUAGCGACAUCGUCACGAGCACUCUGCUACAGAAAGAAUACUCAGUAAUUUUUCUCAUGGCUUCAGUGAGUAAUAUGCUAACUUUGGAAGAUCAUAACAAAUUUGUUAAAGGUGUAUCUCCCCAGUCAGCCAUUUUAAUGAAAUUUUUUUUUCUCUUUAAGGAUGAAAAGAAUUUUAAAAAUUACGAAGAAAAUAUCCGCAUGGUAGCUCAGUGUCUACCUCACCUGUAUGAAAUUAUCAAAAAAUUUUGCUUCAUGGGGGAUAACUUCGUUUAUAAGAGGAUCAUCCUUCGUGUUCUUAAUAAUGCUCUGUGUACAGAGAGAGAAAGGGAAGGAGAUGUCCUCCCUUUCGAUGACGACACAGAUUUGGGGAACAACAAUAAUAGCUGUUCGGAUAAUACGGAGGAGAUGGGAGGGGGAGGAGAUGCCCACCUGAGCAGUCGAAAUUCCAAAUGGGGGAAAUUCCGUCGGAGUGGCCACUCACAGUACUAUGGGGGAAGAAGGGGAAAGAACUCUCCAAUGGGAGGAGAAGAAGCAGAGGCAGAAGCAGCAGAAGCAGAGGCAGAAGCAGAGGCAGAGGCAGAGGCAGAAGAAGACGCAGGGGAUGACUUCUCCUCUGCGUCGAACUGCAUGUCGGAGGAGGACAAAGCAAGGCUCAGGCGAAAGAUGCGCCACGUAGGCUUCACCUCCAUGUCUGAAAGAGACAUAAAUUUCUCCCUCAUAAAAAACAUGAAGAAGCAUAUCGAGAAGAAAGAAUUUUUCAAAAAAACAAUAAACCUGAAACUAUUUCUGAAGAUUUGCAUAAGUCUGUGCAGCAAGGACGACUACAUUUUGUUCAGCCAGGAUAUAUUGAAAGAAGGGAGGAACAUCCACCUGUGCAUGCAGUACCUACGAGAGGAUGACACUCAGUUGGAGUUAGACCUAUACGCAAACAAGUACUUCUUUUACGACUUCAGUUAUAGUAACACGGAGAUUGUUACCACCGAGCAGGAGAGAAAAAAAAUGGUAUCUCCCUACCUCUCCAUAGAAAGCAAAAAUAUUUUGCUAGAAAUUUCGACACUUUUUUUCUCCUACGACUAUUUGAAGUGGUAUGGCAGAUCCAUUAAGGAUAACCAUUUGACCCGUGGGAGCGGAAACUUGCAACAGGCAAAACUCCAGAGGGGAGGUACCCAUCGGGACAACUCCUUAUACCACCCUGUGAUUUUACAAAAUGUAAACCGCCUCCUCUUGGAAAUGUUUUACUGCAAAAUUAGUGACUCCUCGAUGGAACAUCUCAUCAUGUUUAAUCAUAAUUUGUUAUCGAUAUAUAGAAUUUUGAAAGCACUGAUUGGGACUAGUGCAAAUUUAGUUAGUUUUAACGAAGUGGUGAAGAAAGUUGAAACAAUUACGAGAAGGAAUGAUAAUAGAAUGGUAGCUGUUAACACAACGGAAGAGUUUAUGGUAACCAUUUUGGAAAAUUCUCUCUACUUCAAGAUAAUGGAGACGUUGAAAAGGAAGACGUUAAAUCCAAGCAAUGUAUUUAUUACCUACAUGGAGUACUACUACAUUUUACUGGACUUUUAUUGUAAAUAUAUUUAUAACAAUUUUGUGAAUAACAGGAGGAAGGAUUUCGUUGAAGACAAUUUUUUUUUCACAUUUCAGUACAUUAUUCUCUUUUUUUGUAAAAUGUUAAAAAUUAACAAGUGUUUUCACAUACUAAUAAAGUUAAAUAAUUAUUUCGGAUUGAGUUACGAUAUUUUUAACAGCUUCGUCAAGAUGAAUGGAUUAAAUGAAGAAAUAUCUACUUGCUUACUUUUUCUGCUGAAAAAAAUUAAUAUUAACAAGCUGAAUGCUUACAUUUUUCAAAUUUUUUCUCAUUUGGAGCAUGAAGAUUUGCUGAGGAGGGAGAAAAGGGAAGGAGCUCAGGAUAGACAACGAAAUAUGUUCAGCUCAUCGGACAGGGAAAACACACAAUUAAACGAAAACGAUGAUCCGGGGGAGGAUCAUAGCAACAGUGAUCCAAACCCCCUCGCGCUUAACUUCACCUCGGAGAAUUACGCCAGCCGUAGUGACAACUAUGGAGAUCUCGCCAACUUCAAAUACGAGAAGGACCAAAUGGAUAUCAAAGAGAACUUUCGUAUUGACAUCUCCUUCCUGAAGAUGUUCGUCUUGAUGGAAGAGGUGCGCCAGGCGCAGUUGCCCGCCCCCGGGAGGGGAAGCGGGAGGGGAAGCGGAAGGGGAAUCGAGAGGGGCACUGAGAGGGGCACUGAGAGGGGCAGCCACAGCGACAACAGUCGCAGCGAUCGAAGCGAUCGAAGUGAUCGAAGCGAGCGAAGUGGCCGAAGUGAUCGAAGUGGCCGAAGUGAUCGAAGUGGCCGAAGCGAUCGAAGCGAGCGAAGUGGCCGAAGCGAGCGAAGUGGCCGAAGCAACUGCGCCGACCGCCCCUUCCGACGCGCGCACGAGCACAGCACGGAGAGCUUCAGCCUAGAGGAAAUUUUCGUGGUGACGCUGAUGCACCUGUUCGAAGUGGAAGACCACAAAGCGAGCUUCAUCGGAGACCUGCUCAGAGUAUACGAAAAAAAAAAAUCUACCCAUGCACGGAAGCAAUUUUAAAUGCUGGACAGCGUGGAGAUCCUCGAAAGGAAAUGGGUCACGUGGGUCUUCACCAAUUGUGAUAACACAUUCAAAAGGGAGAAAGAUAUUGACAUUAAAAAACUCGUCAAACUCUUUUUUGUCUCCUUUUACAAAUUUUUAAAAAAAUAUUUUCUCCAGAUAAACAAUUUUUUGAAAAAUAAAAAAAUGUACAACACUCAUAACAGUUUUGACGAUUUUUAUUUUCUCCUCUUCUCCAAAUAUAUUAACAAAAUUUUUACAGAAAAUUUUUCUUCCUCCUUCAUUUUUAAGCUAACCAAAUUUUCCAUCUUAAAUAUAUCCCUAUCGAUUGUAAACUACAUGUUGAAGAUGAUUAAAAUUUUGAAUUUGGAAAGGCUGAGGGAUUUGCAUAGCGAGUUGAGCAGUUCUUUGUCGACAAGCUCAGGGAUGGCUCCUCUCCUUUUAAAGCUUCCUAAUGGGGAGCAUACCCACCGGCGAGAGGACACAGGGGAGGAGAUGCUUCACCUCUCCGCGGAGCAGAAGAAUCGAUCGAGGCAGUCGGAUCGGUCGAGGCAGUCGAGUCAGUCGGAUCAGUCGAGUCAUUCGAAUCAGCCAAACCAAUCGAGUCAGUCGAGUGAGCCAAACCAAUCAGCACCGUUUUGCGCACAAAGGGGGAGGAGACACGAGUCGGCCACCUUCAGCAGCUUCAUGAAAAAUAUAAUCAUUAACCACAAGACGUUGCUGAACAAACCGGAGCUAUAUUCUACAAAGAGAGUCAAUAUUUUUCAAAUAGGAAGAGACCCAAGGGGUGAGGCCAACAGUGGGUACACCAUGGAUUACUUAGAGGACAUUCUCCUGCUUGAAAAGGAGAAUCACGAUUGGAAAAUGUUGGGGAGUAGUAGCAACGUUUUCUCUAACAGGGUUGGUACACCUGGGGGGAUUGCAAACUCGCGUCAGAAUGGAUUUGCCAAUGAUGGGGGAGGAGAUCCUUAUGGUACCCACAUGGAUCACUUGCAAACGGGUGUGCAAUGGAAUCAUCGCGCGGGGAAGGUUGAGCGGCUGCUGCACCCAUCCACCGUGAACUUCAACAUGAAUGGCUCCUCAAUCAAUGGGAGCUCUACUAUCCAACGUGCAACAUUUGAAGAGGAAAUACAAAAGUUAUCCCCCGUGGAGAGAUACAAUUUCACCUUUUCGAGAUUUUUCAAUCACAUAAAAAAUUUUCUACAGAUCGUCCUGCAAAAUAAUUACGUUUUUUUUCUCAGUGACUUUUUACUAAUGCAUUAUGAACAGUCAGGCAAGAAACACAAUUUGUUCCAAUAUAACCUGAACAAGUCAGGUGGAUUUUACUCCGUUUUUAAUUUCCUCAUUAAUGAGUAUGUGGAGAAUUACUACAAAGAUAGGUAUGCACACAUGGGGUGUCGCUCGGUGAAGACUCCCCAUUUUAGGAAACUCAACGAGCAGGUGAUUAAUCGUAUCCUGCUUCUCUUUUCCCUGCUGCUGGAGGCUUCUUGUCAGCUCUCCUUUUUGGAGGAGGUCAGCAGUGUUUGUGCAAACAUCUCGAAUCAGAUAUUUUCCCUCUUCGACACGUCCCACUUGAUUUUGAGUUUAUUUUCGAAGGUCACCCUGAGUGUGAUUCCAAAGAACGACGUCGUGAGCCAAGCCAUCAACAACGACAUCCUGAGCCUAGAAAGAAGACAGGCGGAGGAAAAGAGAGAAAUACUCACCAUAUCUUUGCUUUAUUUCCUCAUGUACAAUUACAAGAAUAUAUGUAACUUUUAUUUGAGCCUGAAUCGAUUUUUUAAGAUGAACGAUUUCAACAAUAUUUAUUUCCUGUGCAAGUACAGCCAGGGUUUCCUACCCCUCCCCAAGGUAAUCAACGUAUUUCUGCAAAAAAUUCUCCUCUGUUUGGAUAAAGCCAAGAGUGCAACCUUCGAUAACGUUAGGUUGGUCUACAUGAAGAAGGUCUUCCACGUGCUCAAGUUUGUGUAUGCUUUCAUAAAAGACAACGAUUUGGUAACCGUUUCUAUUUUUAGAAAUUUGUUCAACGUUCUUCUCUGCAUCGUUGAGGGGUAUGUGAAGGAGAGCGCGGGGGGGAGGCAGACGGGGGGGAAGCGGACGGGGGAGAGACAUACAGGGGAGAGGCAGACGGGGGAGAGACAGACAGGGGAGAGGCAGACGGGGGAGCCCCCCUGCAAAAUGGCCGCCUACCAAUUCAACCACUUGCGCGUUCUGAACUUAGCUCUCCACUUUUUCAACGCGAUUUAUUUUAACCUGGCCCCGGUGGAAAGGCGGGCAGGGGCCACUCCCAAGAAAGAAAGCACAAAGGGGGAGAGCUCAAAGGGGGAGAGCACAAAGGGGGAGAGCGCAAAGGGGGAGAGCGCAAAGGAAGAGGGAGGGCUCUACCGAAAGGAGCCAUUCUGGAACAACGUAGAAAAAUUGCUAGAUCUGUUCACUAUCAGGUUAAAAAAAAAUACAGAUCAAUUUGUAUACUCCAGGACCUACCAUCUCUACACAAAGGAAGCAAAAAAAGAAAUAACGAUCUACAUGCAAAACCUCAAUAUAAUGUGUGAGCUGUUCGAGCUGAUUGUCAAAGGAAUUUAUACAAAGGACAGUCUAGUAUACAGAUUACUUAUACGAAUUUGUUACGACCCUACCAUAUGUAGCGUAUUUUUUAACAUAAACUACGACAGUAUGGAACAAGUGAUGAGUACCUACCAGGACCUACAGAGGAAAAACAUGGACUCCUCUCAAAACAUUACAUUGUUGCUUAUAAACAGCAGAGGUGUGAAUAUAAACGCACAUGGACUCAUCAAUGACGAUGCGCUAAUUGAAAAUCUGAUUGACUUUAUUAACCAGAGGGGGGUUAACCAUAAGUAUGUGCUCAACCUGAGCGAGCAGAACAAAUCUAUGCAUCGUGGGGAGAACAACAUCUUUGUGGAGACUAGGGACUUCAUUUCGGUGAAGAGUUUAAUUCAAAAGAAGGUCGAACUGUUGGAUGGGGAUUAUGUAUAUAAUAGAGUUUUUAAUGGGAGGGCCAAAAGGUAUGGAAAGAAAAAUUUUUUAUUCGACGUUAGGAAUUACCUCUACUGUCGCGGUGCGUAUGGAAGCAGGGCCAAUGCAUGAAUGGAAGGCUUCAACACGGCAGGCUUCAACAUGGCAGGCUUCAACAUGGAAGGCUUCAACAUGGCAGGCUUCAACAUGGCAGACUUCAACAGGACAGACUUCAACCGCGCAUCGUCCGGAGGCGGAACACUCGGGGACCCCGCGCGGGGCCACCCCCUCAGAGAGUACAAGUCGGACCAAAUGCUGAAAAAAAAAAUAGACGCAUCAAUUUUUAGCAAUCUUCAAACCAUUUUACCAGACGAAGAGAAGCAGAGCCCUCCCCAUCCUGUAGGAACAGCCAAGGGUGGUAGCCCUUCCGAAUCGUUGAAUAAAUCUAGGGAUGCAAAAUCAGGUGCAAAUGGAUCCAAGUCGCUGUCCGGAGAGGACCAAUCGAGGGAGGAGAGUGAGUGGCCUUUUAGUGCUUACUGCGCGGACCAUUGGAUUGACCCGUUCUUUCCGCCGAGUAAUGAGCACAUGGAAAGGAAGAAAAAAAAAAACAGGGAAAAAACAAAACAAAACACGCACAGUAGUAGCGACUCAGCGGUGAAUUCCCCCUCGAGCAUAUUCAUUUAUUCCAAAUUUUUUAAGAACGAAGUGGAGUGCAUGAAAUAUAUUAAUCUCACCCAAAGCACCUACGACAGCAGGAUGCGUCUGUUGCUGAUACUGUACAAACUGGUGAUAAUAAUCAAGCAUAGGGAGUUGCUACAGGAUGAGCUAUUCCAGAAGGAGGAAAGCCAAGCACUCAAAGGGGCCAACAUAAGUAGAAGCUCUCCCCUGCUCUUUUUCAUCUUCGAAUCUGUGAUUACUUUUAUUACUCCUUCCCUGCAAGUGAACAAAAACUCGCUAUACUACAUCCUGGUGUCAAAUAUUUUGAUUAAUCUGCUGACCAUCAUAAGCGCGAGAAACGUCGGUGGAGGAUCCGAGAGGCGAAGUUACGCGGGUCACUCAGAAGAACACACAUCCAAGCAUCAAUCUGUCGUGGAAAAAAAGCGAAGCAAUGAGAGGAGUUCCCUAAAACAUGCUCAUGAUGCAUUCAUGACCGAUGAGGGGAUGAACUACUAUCACCAAGGUAGCUUUUACACAGAUUUGUUUACCCACGAGUCGUUCAUCUCGAAUGUAAAAAAUAAAAACAACCACAUCGUCUUUGAAAUUUUGAGUAACCUUUCUAAGAAGGAAGUGAAUAAGUAUCGACUCGUUGGUGGGGGAAGGGAAGAGGAAGCAACUGACCUGGGACACACCAACAGGGAAAGGAGAAAACGAUCUUUGGAAAAAAAAAAAGAAAAAAAAAGUGAAAACAGCUUGAUAUAUAAUGUGCCACUCCUCCUCUCCCUAUUCGUCCGAUGUGUUACUUUGCACGUCCAAAAUUUUAAAUUCCAUCACAAGAAUUUAUACCUACAGAGAAACUUCAACGCUUUGCAUGUGCCCAGCUCGAUCCUCAAGUGCAUGCUCCCCGCGAACCAUUUUAACAUCAGCUUGUUUGUCAAUCUUUUGGAGCUAUUUUACGUCACCAUUCGGAUAUACAACAAUCACUUUGUAGGACUGAACAGGUCGCUGUUCCAUGGAGAGGUGCAUGGCGAGAUGCAUGGCGAGUUGCACGGCGGGAUGCACGGCGGGAUGCAUGGCGGGGUGGGCGCCUCACUCGGGGGCGAUGGCUCCAAGGAGGAAGCCAACCGAGGAAGCAGCGGCGCAAACCGAGGAGGCAGCUCCCACCGAGAAGGAGGCAACGUCGGUAGUGGGCAUGCCCCCCCGGAUGGCGAUAAGGAGCACCUGCACCUGUACGUAUCGACGCUGAAUGGGGUCCUAAAUGAAUGCUACGAAGCCCACCACGAAAACAUGAAGAACAGAGAUAGCCAUGUGAUCAAGUCGAACCCAAUCGAGCGAAUGCUUCUGUACUUUCUCUACAAUAGAAUUAACACCGUGUACGACCUGUUCUACAACUUCUUCUUGAAUUGCCUGAGGGAAAAAAAAAAAAAAAAAAUUUUCGACAUGGCAAAUGAGUACAUCUACGGGUUCUUAAAAAACGACAUCUAUGAUCACAUUAACAGAAUCAACCAUUUUCUGGAUUCAACCGAGUACUACGAUUUUUACGUGAACACGCUCACGUUCAUGGUUCUAAACAAACACACGUGUUUGCAUAUCAUCAAGGGAGACAUACUCACCAAACUGCUGUACGUGCCUGACAUCUAUCACGCAAUAUUCGACAAAAGCAAGACCUUCAAUGCCAUAUACUAUUUGAACCACAACCACCAGUAUGUCCGAAAUAAAAAUCAUAUCAUACUUUGCUCCCUCAUUGUGUUGCUAAUAAAGAUGCUUUACGUUUUUGUGAAGAGUGUCCGGGGAGGAGGGGGUUGCUACUUCGAUGGGGACUCCUUUGGAGAGCUUCCCUUGGAUGACUUCUUCAUGCGCAGAGUGGUCCCCCCGGUCGCGGCAGUGAAAGAGGAAGACGAAGCGGAGGUCGAUGCGGAGGUCGAUGCCGAGGUCGAAGCCGCAACUGCAGCCGCAACCGGAGCGGCGGGGUGGGGAGCCCACCCUGGAGACGCAAAAAAUGCAAAAAAUGCACAAAAUGGUGACCGCGGGGGAGAGAAGUUUGUGGAUGGCUUGGAUAUCAUGAGAGGGCGACCAUCCCCCCACGCAGAUCGCAGGGGGUCGCACGCAGAUCGCAGGGGGUCGCACGCAGAACGAGGAGACGGUUACACAGAACGAGACGGCCACGAAGAAAAGAAGCACAGGGCCCAAACGGAGAACGAAGCAGAGUUCUUCCUGGAUGCCAUGCUAGACAUAAUAAGCAAGCUGUCCGAUCGAAUAAAUUUCAUUUUUUUAAAAAUCGAAAAAAUAAACUGCCUUGCCAUUUUCGAGGAGUCAUAUCUAUACGUGGAGCUACUCACAAAAACGUCAUACUACUGCAACCAUUUUAAUAUUAACCACAUGCUGAUAUCGUUGAUGAGUAAAGGAGUGGAGCACCACUUAUUUUACAUUAACCGAAUUUUGGAAAAAUUUAUUUUUGAGAAGGAAGUAAUUAUCGAUCCGUACAGUCCAUACGAAAUCACAGCAUCAUCUACUAGUGAAUCUAUUGACAAGGAGAAAAAAAAUAGGAGAAAAAAUGAUUUGUCUCUCUUUACCCAAAGAGUUCUUUACCUUUGCUAUAAAUCUAUUCUAAAUUACAACACCAUCCUGUUGAAUAUAAUUCAGACUCCCUACUUCACCUACUCAUACUUCGUGGUGCACCUGUACAUUUUGCUGUUGAAGUCUACUCGGCUGGUCACCAACAUAAUCGAGCACUUCGGCCGCAAAAACACGACGCUCAUCCGCACGAUCAAAGUGCAGGCGGGUCUCUCGUACGUGCCCAUCUGCCUGGACAUCGUGAACACGGUGAAGGAGAAAAAGAGGGAGAAAAUCCACUACGCGCGGGGCACAGCCAAGUCCAGUCUGAGCUGCUACCUAAGUGACAGUCACUCGGGAAGUGAAGCCUCCAAUUAUCUAGGAGAAGUUGUCCAAUAUAAUCGAUCCAUCGAUGAGUAUAUAAACACAAAGAGGGUCUACAAAGACGAUUAUUUGUUUAAUUUUCUCCCAGAAAUGAUCGAAUUGAAGAGUUACUAUGAUAUUCUUAAAGAGAUUCUUGAGAGGAGUGCCUUUUUGGGAGCCUUCAUUUUGGAGAAACUAAAAUAUACGUGUGAAGACUCGUGUCUCAAGCAGAUCCUCAUAAGCAACGUCUGCUCGUACCUCAUCCACAUCAACGCCACUCUCUUGCCCUCCAACAUCUGCACCAGUAACUUGAAGAAAAAGUGCACCUUAAUUUAUAACUACGUCGUGAACAUACAUAAGAAGUGA